AUUGGGUCUACUGAGUCCUUUCGCUUGGAGGGCUUGAUUGUAUACACCUGUGUCCAUGCAGGGGAUUGGAACACCUGAAUCACACGAUAUGGAGGGGAUUGGAACACCUGAAUCACAUGAUAUGGAGGGGAUUGGAACACCUGAAUCACAUGAUUGGGAGGGGCAUUGGAACACCUGAAUCACAUGACUGGGAGUGGAUUGGAACACCUGAAUCACAUGAUUGGGAGGGGAUUGGAACACCUGAAUCACAUGAUUUGGAGGGGAUUGGAAAACAUGAAUCACAUGACUGGGAGGGGAUUGGAACACCUGAAUCACAUGCUAUGGAGGGGAUUGGAACACCUGAAUCACAUGAAAUGGAGGGGAUUGGAACACCUGAAUCACAUGAUAUGGAGGGGAUUGGAACACCUGAAUCACAUGAAAUGGAAGGGAUUGGAAAACCUGAAUCACAUGACUGGGAGGGGAUUGGAACACCUGAAUCACAUGAUUGGGAGGGGAUUGGAACACCUGAAUCACAUGAUUGGAGAGGU